GCCUCCUAAAAGAUUGGCAGGUUAGAAGUUAUGGUACAGUGAUUUGAAGCUAUAAGCACAACUUACUAUUUUCUGACGCAAAUGCUUCUAAAUCUCCUGAGACGAAAAUUUGUGUCCAUUUAUGAGCCGUUACACUAGUCUGUGCUCCAAUACGUGACAGAAAAUCACUGAUAGCCCACCACUUCAUUCCAAAAUGCCUCAAAAUCAUAUAGAUCAAAACACUAAGGUGUUUUACUAGACAAAUGGCUUUGCACAACUCUGAACGAAAUAAACGUUACGGAAACAAACUAAAAAGAAAUCUCUGUCAACAAAAAUUACUUACCAAAGAGAUCGCCGAUAUCAUUGAUGAAAACUUCGUUAGUAAAAUUCAACGGUUCCUUAUUCUCUUGCACAGCCUCCGCUUCAGUUUUCAUAGCCUCGUUUUCCUCCCACACAUCGUCAUCAGAUUCGCUACUAGAUGCCACAUAUUCAGCCGAGUGACGCUUCUGGUUUGCUUUUUCGCUUCUAAGUCGUAGUUGGUUGCGCUUUGGCAUUCUAACUAACAAAGUGCUAAUAAAAGAUUAUGACUUAUCUGAAACUUGAAGACAAUGUGAUAGGUUUCACUGUUUUUCAGUAAGAUGUUACACGCGACAUCUUUUUUUUUCUGCAAACAACGUGGAGUGCCUGUUGCAUCAACCCAGGCCUCCCAAAAACUCAAAAAAAAUGUUUAAAAAUUAAAAAUAGCAUACAGUUGAAAAAAGCACUGUUUGGGGUUUUCUUGAUUUUUAGCAAAAAUGCUAUUUCUCAACGAAAAAAUUUUUUUUCCCAAAACCCCUCCUUACGGCUAUAGCUGGAGUAUAGAGCUAUCGAAUGGCAUAAAAUUCAAUGAGUUAGCUCCUCACCAAAAAAACUAGAUAGGUUUUUUGGCGGAGGGGUCUCAUUUUUCAGGGUUUUCUAUCGCGAGCAGCGCCAAAAUUUCAAAUUACGGUCUAAGAGUCUGAAACUAGUAUGGAUAUACCCAGUUUUCGACGAGGAAUCGAACAAAAAAAAGUUUGAGCCUGUAGCUACUUUCUAUAAAAAGUUAUGAGUGUUUUUCGAAAGGCCAAGAAUUUUCGAAGUUUUUGGACCUUUUCAGUAUUUUGCAUUUUUCUCCCCGAAAAAAAGGUUUUUUUCAACUUUCAAGGUCAUAUUCGUGAUCAGCAUGAAUAGGCAAAUCCGAAUGUUUGUCUUCUAUCGGAAAAAAAAUUUUGCUAAAAUUUUGCUUUGCGUGCACCUUACAUAUUUUAAAUGUUUUACUUCGCUUGAGAUUCUUCUAUUUUCGUACGAACAAGUACAUCUUCAUUAUGUUCCUUGAGAGAGAGAGAUAAAAUCAAUAGCUAAAUCUCGAAACAGAAUAAACGAAAAGAAAAAAGAAAAAGAAAAGAAAACUAGACGAGCGACAAUACAGAAAUAGGUUGAAACGGUCACACUACAAUCUAAAAUACACACGUUAUAUAUAACAAUUUUAACUACAGUUUUAUUUUUAUAUAUUUGUAUACAUAUUUUAUUAAGUUUACUGAAGUAGACUUCAAUUUAAAAGAGGUCGAAACGUUUCAUUGUCUUAUAUAUCUUUUAAAUAUUUUUAAACUGUUUUAAUAAAAUACGAAAUUACAGUAUCUUCCCUUUCAAUAAUCUCUUUUUCAUCAUCCACUCAACACGAGUACGCCGCUUCUCGAAUUCUCGGAAACAUCGAGAGGAAAGCGGUCACCAGUUUAUGAGUUUUUCGCAGAAAACCGUUUGUCCAAAAGCAUUUUGCCGAAGAAGCAUUUUACCGAAACAUGAUUUUAUUGGAAAGGCCCAGCUAUAGCUUACGCGAACAAAAGACGAAACUAUUAGAUCCUCACAUUCAGAGUUCGCAACUGCCUUGCAUUGUUAGCUGAAAAGUUUCACUCUUGUUUUUUUAGGAUAAUGUUGGCAGUUUAAUUUUAAUGAAUGGCAAUUUUUCUACUAGGAGACGUCACAACGUAGCACAAUUUUAUGCUGGAAUUGAAGCCAAUCCUGCGACGAAUACUAAUACCACCAGCGUAGCACCCAUCAGUAAUAAUUACGAAUCGUUGUUGUUUGAAAUUGAGAUUGAUCUGAAAGAGCAAAUAAAUUGCAUCUUAGCUGAUAUUAGUUAUCUUAGCCAAUUUUAUGAUGAAGAAGAGGUUUUAUUUGAUCUUGGGGCAGUAUUUGAAAUUGAAUCUGUGAGUUAUAACACGACGGAUAAGUAUUCGACAUGCAAAAUGAAGGCUUCAGCAACAGGCGUAGAAGUUGCGAAGGAAUAUGUCACUUUUCGAAAAAAUGAAAUGAAGAAUGCUGAUUCAGUUAUUCUGUUUGUAGAUCUGUUAUAUGAUAUGGGAGAAUAUAAUAAAUCACAAAAGUAUUUCGAAAACUUGAUAAUCACUCGACCCGAUGAUGCCCAGGUGUAUUUAGGCAUCGGCCGUGCUCAUCAUGUUAAAUCGGAAUACGCUGCUGCAUUAACGAACCAUCAGAAAGCUUACGAUUUAAGUGAUAAAUCUGACUAUUUGUUAGUUGCCAAAGUAUUACAAUGUAUGGGAAAUGUACACAGAUUCAACGGUAGUUUUUUGGCAAAUGUACAAUAUCAGAAAAAUGUACGGGGAUAA